AUGGCCUCCGAGAAGCUAAACCCGACCGACGUGAUACACGCAGAAGAUGCACGAUCGUUCCCAAGCACUCACGCAGGACACGACAUUCAUCAUGGGAUCGACGAGGUCAUCGGUCGUGACUUCACCGUCACUGAUACGGAGAUUCCAAAGGGCUAUUUCACGUCCUUCAGCUUCCUGGGGUCCAUGUUCGCCAUCGGUAUAGCGUUUGGCUGCGGUGUGGGAGGCUUCACCCUCGCCGCUCCCAUCCUCACCGUCAUCAACGCGGACAUAGGCCCUGACGCAAACAUCAUUUGGGUAUCACUCGCUUACUUGCUGACGACAUCCAUUGGCCUCAUCAUAGUCGGGCGAGUUUCAGACAUCUUCGGUAGACGGUGGUGGUUCAUCGGCGGAUGUGCCGUCGGCACCUUGGGCUGCAUUGUCGCUGCCGUUGCUCCCAACGUGCCCGCGCUCAUUGCCGGAGAAACCUUGAUUGGCAUCGGCGGUUCGGUGCAGAUAUCAUACGCCUUCAUCGUCAGCGAGCUUGUACCGCAGAAGUAUCGCUUCAUGGCGAAUGCAUACGUGUUUCUCUGGGGAAUCCCUUUCAGCGGUCUUGCGCCGGCCGUGGCAUAUGGCUUCAUAUAUCAUACGAACUUGGGGUGGAGAGGCGUUUUCUACCUCAUGAUCGCCAUGAACGGCUUGGCCACUCUUGCUUUCUUUUUCUGUUAUCAUCCGCCUACAUUCCACGCGAAGCACGGCUCGCGGAGCAAAAUGGACUUCGUCAAACACUUUGACUAUGUCGGCACCUUCAUCGUGGUCCUUGGGCUGCUACUGUUCCUCAUGGGUUUGUCAUGGGGCGGUACCGUAUACCCUUGGAAAUCUGCUCACGUUAUUGCGUGCAUGGUGGUUGGCGCCGUCCUUACGAUUGCAUUUUUCAUUUACGAAGCUCUCAUGCCGCUGAAAGAGCCACUUCUGCCGAUGCACCUCCUUCGCAACCGAGGCUGGAACAUCACAGUCAUCCUAUGGGCUCUUGGCGCUGGUGUCUACUACGCCAAUGCUCUUCUAUGGCCGAGUAUGGUAGCUUCUAUGUACGCCGAAGGCCAUGGACCCAUGUGGAUUGGAUGGAUAUCUUGCUUGCCCAACUGCGGUAUUCUGUUCGGUGAAUACUGUGCCUGUUGGUACAAGAAGAAGACGAACUGGCAGAUCAUGGUUGUUUUCUCGCUGGGAGGUCUCUUUCUUGCUCUCAUGGCGACUUCAACGCCCGACACGAUCAUCCGAUCCUCGGUCUUUAUAUUCCUCGCUUCGACAUUCGUAGGUGCUGCUGAACUGCUCAACUCGACCGUCAGCACUCUUUGCAUCGACGACCAGCGCGAAAUCGGAACAGCGACCGGUGCCGCCGGCUCGGCUCGCUCGUUGAUCUCUACCAUCUGCAGCACCAUAUACACCGUAAUAUUGUCCAACCGACAGAAACAAACCAUCCCUGCUUUGGUCCCUCGCGCGGUCAUUGCCGCCGGUUUGCCCGAAUCGUCCGUUGCGGCCUUCAUUGCCGGUAUUAGCGCUGGCAGCUUCACCAAAGUUCCAGGAGUUACUCCAGAGAUCAUUGCGGCGGGCAUGGCUGCUUAUGCGAAGGCUGCGAAUCAAGCUUUCAACACUGUUUGGCUCAGCACCAUCGCAUUCUCCGGGCUUGGUGCGAUUCUAUCCAUCUGGGCACCAAACGUGGACCACAUGUUAACGGGCGACGUGACCGUCCAGGUGAAGGAUUACAAGCAUGAUAUCGAGGAAUCGGCCGUCAAGGCCUAA